AUGUGUGUGCAGCGUUUACUAGGGCGCUGCGGCGGUCCAUACGAGAGGUUGCGGUGGUACGGUGGUGGCGCGGCUGAGCAGAGGAAAAGGAAUUCGAGAUUACCACUCUUCAAAUCCAUAAGCACGAAGACGUUGGGAUCGGAUUUCAGCACAAAGCUCCCAGACAUUGACCUCACUCGCCUCAGCUGCACGCACAUGAACGCCGCUGUUUCUCGGCUGCGGCUAUUCGUUCUUCGUUGGGCUGUUCACACCCGAAAGGGCUGCCGAUGCUAUUCGGGCCCUAGAAGAAGGCCGACGGGGUGCCGCUGCUGCUCGUUCUCGGUUCGACUACCUCGCGUCGCCGGGAAUCUCGUCGUUGGGCCGAUUCGGCUGCUCUCGCCGGGAAAUUGGACUCAGGUCGCGGAGGAGCUCGGGGAAUCGCGGCUCGAGAUAGAAGUUAGUUGUCCGUCUAGAGAUCGGAGGUCAGAGCUCAAAGGUCUCGGAGGUCGUCGGCGCGCACGGACUCCUCGUAGCCAGAAAUGGCUGGCUUUCGAAUUCGCUGGUUCUGCUCGUAGUCGAGCUGGUGGUGAUCGACUCGCCGGAACAUGGUGCCCUUGCUGUCGAAAAAAAACGAAGCUCUGCCGUGAGGGAUGGCUGGUACAAUUGGGCCAUCUCUGCGAAUUCUCUGUGAACUUUUUACUGAAGGAGAAAAUGAGAGUGGCGGCUAAUUGGAGGGUUCCUUAA